CAGAACUUUGGUACACUAUCGAAGUACCGACUUAAUCGUCACUGAUUUUUUUUUCCUAAUUAUAAAAUUGUCUACCAUAUAAUUAUGAUGCUUUAGAUCUUAAGAAUUAAGAACGAUUAUAAUGUAAUGUUACUGUUCACGAAUAACAAGCUAAAUAAUACGUCAACAUCAUAGCCAUUUGGUUGAUUUAAAAUUGUCCACUGUAUGUUUUAUUAAUGUACGUAACUGAAAUUUAAUUAUAUUUUAAUUCGUACGCGAGCACUUUAUAUGUUUAUAGCUGCAACCCAUAUUACAUAUACGUCGUUAAUGUACCGUCUGUAUGCGAAUUUAUAGUAUCAGUUUUGUGUAAUUUAUGAAUAUAUAUUCAUGCAAGUGAGUAAAUCGAACUCAAGAUCUUGCUUUCAACAAUAAUAAUAGGUAUGUUCAAGAAAUAAUUUCGGCAUCUUUCAUUUUUGCAUAAUCACUAUAAUGUACAGCAGCAACAGCAGCAGCUAAUAUAAAUUGGUAACGGCUGAUUUGUAACAUUUGGUAAACAUAGAUUUCUUCAAAUGUCUAGUGAUAUGUCCUCAAAUGCGGAGGAUUUGCCAUUGGAUGCUGGUAAAGCAUUUCGCAUGACUGACGGUGACUGGAUCUGUCCAAACGCUCAGUGUGCAAACAUAAACUUUGCUCGUCGCACACAUUGUAACAGAUGUAAUAAAGAACGUGAAGACUUACCGGUCAAGAAAAAAGCUGGUGCUGAAAUCGGUAAGGCAGCUGCCGAAAAGAGUAAGGGUCUGUUUUCUGCUGAUGACUGGCAAUGUAGUAAGUGUGGCAAUGUGAAUUGGGCACGUCGAUCUCAAUGUAAUAUGUGCAAUGCGCCUAAAUUUGCUGAUCCAGAAGAACGUACUGGUUAUGGAGGUGGUUAUAAUGAUAGAGGAGUUGUUGAGUAUGUCAAGCGAGAAGAAUCUGAUGAUGAAUAUGAUGAGUUUGGACGUAAGAAAAAAAAACAAAAACGAGGUAGUGGUUCUAUAAGCGAGGAUUCCAAUAGUCAAAAUGGCAAAGAAGAUAACAACGAUAGAGGAAGAAAUAAAUCAUGGUCAAAUGCUGUUAUUGAAAAUGAUGAUGAGGAGGAGGAAGAUGAUGAUGAUGAUGAUGAUGAAGAUGAAGAUGGAGAUCUUUCAAAAUAUGAUUUAUCUGAAUGGGAUGACUUAGCAGCCCAAGCCAAAAGAGAUAGAUCAAGAUCUAGAUCACCAUUAAAAUAAUUAUGUUUUUAAUGUUUUUUUAAGUUAUGGCUAUCUCAACGUUGUUGACCACUGACCAGUCUACAAUCAAUAUUUUCCAAUAAAUCAACCAGACCACAAAUUAAUUUAGUUAUUAGAUCAUAUGUUUUUCUGACAUUUUAUUUAUUUUGAACACUAUCAAUUUAUAUAUAUUUUAACUGUUGCAUAUUUUUAUUU